AUGGCAAUGGUACAAGGAAAAGGAGGAAAGGCAGAUCCACGAGUUAUGGGGAAAGAUGAAGAACAUCAGAAAAGCAUUGUAAAGUUAAGCCAGAUCAAGAAGAUCAUGAAGGACAGAACCAGAAUGAGGAUAUCAAAGGAUGCCCUUAUUGGUGUUUCGGCAUGUGUGAUGUACUUGAUAAGUGAGAUCACGGAUGGGGCAAAGAAUGUGGCAAACACCGAUGGUAAGAAGAAGGUCAUCCCCAAGCACAUAAACCAUGCAAUUUGCAAUGAUACGGAGCUUCACUUUGUCGGACAUGACUGGCUGAUAAAGAAUGGAGGAAUGAAAUCAUAUAUUUCCCCAGGGGACUUUUCUGUGUCUAGCAAGAAGGGAGGUUCAAGAGACUGA